GUAUGGCUGGCGAGUUCAGGGGCAAAGUCGGUGUGAAUGCGCUCUGGCCACGUACCGCCAUCGCAACAGCAGCCGUCCAGAACCUCCUAGGAGGAGACGAGAUCACCAACAUGUCGCGCAAGCCUGAGAUCAUGGGAGAUGCAGCGUAUAGCAUACUUACACGUGAUAUGAGUAUUUGCACGGGUAACUUCUUUGUCGACGAUGAGGUGAUGUAUUCGGAGGGUGUUCGAGAUCUGGACAAGUAUGCGGUCAAACCGGGAACGAAGCUGGCGCCAGACUUCUUUGUUGAGCCUGUAGAUGAAUAGGCCAUGUGUGCGUGGAGACUUCUUUGAUACUGUGGGUGAGCAGGCACGUACAUAAAUGGAUCUGAAUACAUAUUUAAUGUGUAUAGGUUUUUUUAGUCGUCUAUAAGGGGAUAUGUCGUGCAGCAAUAUUAAUGAGUAUGCAGCCAAACUGGAGCUAACGUUCAUGCCAGAUUUCAAGUUGAAUUCGGUAUAUAUGGUCCUGGAUAAAUGGACUAUACUUGUGCAUACGCUGAACUAGCACUGUAUUUGAACAAACACAUAUAAUACGA